GUUUUUGUUUGCCUCCGGCUUUAUAGUUGUUUGUAAAAUGUGGAAAUUUGGUCAAAAUCAGAUGAACCAAAGUCCGCAAGGUGGAGGGGGACCGAACAUGAUGCCUAUGGGUGGUUUUAUGCAGGGAGGAGCCGGCAUGCACAUGUCGCCCCAGCAACAACAACAGCAUCAAAUGAACAUGAUGAGCGGAGGUGGACCGGGCGGACCCGGUAGCAUGCAAAUUAAUCCCAAUCCAGGUUCUGGAAGUGGACCGCCUGGUUUAAUGCAAGGCAUGGGUAUGUCGCCGCAACACCAAAUGCAGCAACAACACCAAAUGAUGCAAGGUGGCGUCGGCGUACCGAUGUCAAAUAUGCCGCAGCAGCAAGCGAAUGCAAUGCAACAGCAAAUGAUGGGUCCUCAGCAGGGAGUGGGCAUGGGUGGCGGUGGUGGCCCACAGCAACAACAAGCCAAUAUGCCUCAACAACAACAGCAACACAAUCCAGGCACCAGUGCAGCUGGCGGAGGUGGCGGCGGCAACAACAUGCUGGCAAUAUCUCAACCGAAUCCGCACAAGGAAAUCAAUAUAGUACAGCUUUCGCGCUUGGGCCAAGAGACAGUGCAGGAUAUUGCGUCUCGAUUCCAAGAGGUCUUCUCAGCACUAAAGAACAUACAGCCUACAUCUCACAGAGACAAUAACACGGAGAAAAAGGUUCAGGAAUAUUUUCGCACUAUAAGGUUGCUCUUCAAACGGGUGCGCAUCAUCUAUGAGAAGUGUAAUGAUGCAGGCAUGGAUUACAUGAACGCCGAAAGCUUAAUACCCUACAGGGAUGAGCCCGAUCCGCGUAUAGAGCCAUCGCAAUGUGACGAAUAUCGAAAGGUAUUGCAGGAGAACCAGGAGCUAAUCGAAACUGUGAAGCUGAAAAACCGACAAUUAAGAGAGAUUAUUGAUAGAACGCGCAUAAUAAUAUGGGAAAUUAAUACUAUGUUGGCGAUGAGGCGUUCUUAAAUCGAAAUAUUUUAAUCAAUUCCAAGCUAUUGUUUAUUUAUGUAAAUGUAAUAAAAGAAACA